AUGUCCAACUCCGACAAAAGUACCAAACCUUUAUCUAAAUGGGUUCCUAGGAAUCAAAAAGUGUUCCUUGCCUCGGUGAGUUUCUUGUCAAUGGUCCACCCUACCGUCAUGGGCUACGAUUCCAUGAUGACAGGUAGUAUUCUUAAUUUGGACUCUUUUGUGUCCUACUUCCACUUGAACAAUGCCACCACCGGGUUGAACAAUGCAGCCACUUGGGCAGGAGAACUUAUUGCGUGUUUUACGAUAGUCCAGUACUUAAAUGAUAAGUUUGGCAGACGAAUUUCUGUGUAUUGUGGGAUUGUGGUGUUGGUGAUUGCAGGUAUUUUACAAGCAGCAGCGAAGAACACCGCCAUGUUUGUGGUUGGAAGAUUUGUGCUUGGUUUUGGAGCUCAGAUCACCAAUAUUUCGGCCAUUAUUUUGGUGGCCGAAUUGUGCCCGAUUCAUUUAAGAGGUUUCAUGAUGGGUUUGGCUUUCAGUUGUUUUUUGGUUGGAGCUUUACUCUCUUCUGGAAUUACUUAUGGAGUGAGAAACGCUCCUGGUAACUGGAACUGGAGAAUCCCCUGCCUCGUGCAGAUGGGUCCGUUGAUCUUUGCAGUCAUCAAUUUGCUUCUCCUUCCCGAAUCUCCAAAGUUUUUAUUCCUCAAUGGGUAUGAACGUGAAACAUUUGAAACGCUAAUGAUUACCCAUAAUAACGACAAAGCCGAAACUCAAAAAGUACUUGACGAGUACAGGCUUGAGGUGGAGAAGGCCAAGAUCCAAGAGCCUCGUCCCUGGAGAAUGUUUUUGAAAUCUCGAAUCAAUUUGCACAAAAUUGUUAUUAGUUUCACCCAAGCAAUUUUGACGGAGAUGGCAGGCUCAUCGGUGGGAACAUACUAUUUAUCAAUCUUAUUGACCCAAGCGGGGAUUUCUUCAUCCACCGAGCGUUUGCAAGUGAACAUUGUGCUGAGUGCCUGGCAAUUGGUAUGUGCCUGCUCCGGGUGUCUUGUGUUUGAUAGAAUUGGUAGAAAGGUGCAGGCGCUCAUCUCGUUGACGGGUAUGGUUAUCAGUUUUUUUAUUUUAGGAGGGUUGGUCAAAAAGUAUGGAGAUGGUGAUAACCGUUCCGGGUCAUUUGGGGCCAUAGCGAUGAUGUUCAUUUUUAGUGGGUUUUACUCGUUCACCUAUACGCCCUUGACGACUUUGUAUCCUUCUGAGUUGUAUCCAUACGAGAUGAGAAGUGCAGGAACGACACUUUUUGCAAUUUUCAAUGGAUCUUGGGGUUUGAUUGCAUCGUUUGUGUUGCCAUUCGCCAUGAAUGGGAUUGGCUGGAAGUUCUACAUUGUUAAUGCUGCCUACGAUGCGGUGUUUAUUCCUAUCGUUUAUUAUACCUGGGUUGAGACCAGAGGUAUUGACAUUGAGAGAGUAGAUGAGAUUUUCUGGCAACAUCCCAUCAAUCUGAGACAUUCUUUGAAGAUGGAUCUGGAGGAAUCUGAUAGCGUUGAGAGUGUGGUGGUGGAAAUUAUUAAUAAAGUGUAG